UUAAGCGCCAAACAAAAGAAAAACUCCCCCCAAAAUUUUCCAUCUUGCCCACAACAAUGUCAUCGUCUUCCUCCACACUCUUCGUCGCUCUCCAAUGCUUCCAAUGCUCCACCAUGCAGGUAAAACAAAAGAAGAAAUGCAGCCACAAGUGGAAUUGCGCCGUAUGCAACGAGAAACAAUCGGUUCGUAAAGUCUUCGCACAGGGAUACAAAGCGAAGGAUGUCCGCACGUUCGUUCAAACCUUCAACAUGUCUCGAAAAUCACUUGAAGAUGACCAGCAAAGGCUUCUUGCCGGAACCCUAACUCCCACACCGGAACAUGCCGGUGGAGAAUCUGAGUUUCCAAACGACCUGAAUAGUAACAAGAAGUGUACCGAUUGGACUGUGUAUCUCGACAAUGACGAUCAUCACGCCGAACAAGAGCAACACGAAGAUGAUUUUGAGCCAUUGGUAGUGACUGAGUUGCCGAAGGACAUGUUCAAGAAACGCAAAUUGGUGGAUAAUUCAACUUCCAAAAAAGGCAGACGUUUUGAAAGUCCACUGUUCCAAAAUUCUCAAGACGCAGGGGAGCCAGUAAAAGAUCAGCAAAGAAUCACAUCAUUGACUGAAAGCAAUUCAGAGAGAAACAAUAAAGUGACAACAGCUAAUCAGAGGACUCAGAAAUGCAAACAAACAAUCAACAGUUCAGCCUCCAAAUGGAAUGACUACUUAACCGAGGGCAACGCCAACUUAGAACUUGGAUGCAAGAGAGGCUUUAACUUCAAGGACACUUCAGGUUCAUCGAACAACAACGAUAUCUUAGAGGCUAUAACUUGUGAGCAAAGAGUAGAAGAUGAUAUCCACCCUGAUUUUAUGUGACUUGUAUAAAAUCAGGUGUUACAUAAAAGUGUUUGAUUAUGUAUACAAAUGGUAUAACAACUCCACACAUGUUUCUUCUGCUCUCAGCUUUUUGUUCUUAAGUCUUAACCAUCUGUUUUUCCAGGUUAGGGGUGCCGGUAAUUCGGAAUUCGUCCCAUAUCUAAAUAUAUUUUGACUAAUAUUGUUCUAAUCAAGAUUCGUCUUCUGUUCUCA